GACUCCUUGGCCUCGGGAGGUUUCCUCCCGACGGGCGGUGUUUCCCUUCCUUUCCCGGAGCCGCCGUCCCCACCCACCCCUUGCCGCAUGGAGGGCAUUAUAAGCGCGGCGCGGAGGGCGGGAAGCUUCGCUGCCGGCGCCCGAGAUCGGAGACGCGCCUUCCCAACGGCCCGCCAGGAUGUGGCUACUCGCGAGGCUCCUGCUAGCGGCGGCGGCGGCGCUGGUCGACCGAGGAAGCGGGGUUGCGGCGUCGGCGGCGCCCUCGCCAGCCCCUUCGGGCGCCCAGUGCCUGGGUGCCGUGUGCUACGGCUUGUUUUGGGGGGCGCACAGCUUCGCCGAGGCCGGCGACGCGUGCGAGGCCGGCGGCGGGCAACUGAUGACGGUGCGCUCGACGGUGGCGGCCGAGGCGGUGGCGGUGCUGCUUGGCGGCCGCGCGGGCGGCGCGUGGUUGGGCCUGCGGCUGCCCGACGGCUCCUCGUGCGUGGAGCCGGCCAAACAGCUGCGCGGCUUCCUGUGGGUGACGGGUGACGAGCACACGGACUACGAGGCGUGGGCAAACAAGUCGGCGGCUGUUUGCGGCCCCCGGUGCGCGCUGGUGAACGAGCGGCUGAGCUGGGAGGAGCGCGCCUGCGACGCGGACGCCGACGGCUUCUUCUGCGAGUACAGCUAUCCCGGCGGCACGUGCGGCCCGCUCCGGCUGCAGGCGCCCGCCGCGGUCUCCUACCUCACCCCCUUCGGCGCCCGCGAGAGCGACCUCGUGGCAGCCCCGCCGGGCACGGCCGCCGAGGUGGCGAGCCUGAACGCCAGCCUGGAGUGCCGCGCGCACGGGGGCGGCUCCGUACGGUGGGGCUCGGCGUCGCCCGGCGCCUGGCACUGCAGUCUGGAGAACGGGGGCUGCCAGCAUCACUGCGUGCCCUCCGAGGAUGCCGCUAUUUGCAUGUGCACCGAGGGCUACGCGCUGGGCGCGGAUGGCCGGAGCUGCCUGGAUGUGGACGACUGCGCAGCCAAGGCGAGCCCUUGCGAACAGAAGUGUGUGAACACCCAGGGCGGCUUCGAGUGCAGCUGCUAUGAAGGCUACGAGCUGGUAGAGGGCAGGUGCUUGCAGAAAAACCGCAAGUGCAUGGACUUAAUGUGCGAGCAUGAAUGUGCAGAAGUCAAUGGGGAGUAUGUGUGCAUCUGCUAUGAAGGAAAUGUGCCCCAUCCCCAACAGCCCAAUAGGUGUGUUUUGUUCUGCAAUCAAACCACGUGCUUAGCUGAGUGUGACCCACACACAGGGGAAACCUGCUACUGUGCAGAUGGCUUCAUCUUGCAAGAUGAACCAGAUGGGACAAAAGUCUGCAUAGAUAUUGAUGAGUGUGAUUCUGGAUGUUGCCAGAAACUGGAGUGCAUUAACGUGCCAGGCAGCUAUAUGUGUCUCUGUCCAGGUGGGCAGUUGUGCAAGGAACCACCAGAUGAAACAGAGUACUCUGGUGAGGGUGAAAUUUAUUCCACACCCUCAGCUCCCUCCUUUAUCCCACCCAAGGAGGAAGAUGCUGGCAGAAGUCAAGGGGUGUUGAUUGCCAUCAUCGUCAGUACCACAUUGGUGGUUAUAGUGUUAGUAGCGGCUUUGUGCUACUUGGUGAAAAAACGCUGCACUUUACCCACCAUAAUGGAUUACAAAUGCCAACAAUCCGAGACUGGGGUGCAAUUGCAGCAAGUAGUCACCCCAAACAGCGCCUCUUCCUGACAGGAAAUGUGGACCUUCACAUUUGGAAGAAAAGAAGUGGGAAUGGGGGAGAGCUAAAUUAUUUGAAUACUGGAUGGGAAAUGGCACUGAGGUCAAUGUCAGUGUUUGACACUUUCCUGUACAUGAAUCACAAGGCAAGAGAGAAUGGAGGGAGGGAGCUUGGACUGCAUUCAUCUCUAGGACUUCUGCUCCAGCUGUUUUUUCUCCAGGUGCAGCAUUCAUGAUUUCUUUUUCUCUCUCAGCCAGACAUGAAACUAACCGUGCCUUUCUUCUAAAAAUGACUUUUUGUUAGUUUUGAAAACUUGGUUACUUAAAAUAAAAAAUAACAAAAGGGGCUGUUUGUUAGCAUUGUUUUACAAUGUAUCGACACUGAUGUUCAUGCAUCUGAUAAAAGUAUGGUGUUUGCUACAAAGCUUAUGCCACAUCAACCACUUAGGAUACAGAACUACUGUGCAACUCUCAAUUUAUUUUAAUGGUCACUACGUCAGUACUUUGGCCACCUCAUGAGAAGAGAAGACUCCCUAGAAAGG